CACACAGAGAGGGUGAGAGAGGGAGAGAGAAAGAAAAGACGCAGAAAAAAUAAAAGAAAAAUGAAAAUCUCCAUUGUCACCGAUAUGUCCGAAGACGAAAUCCUCAAGACGGGAGCUUUGGCACUUGUCUGAUUGUAUACGAUCUGAUCUGGUUUGCCCAUUUGUACAGUUCAUACAUGCAAGCAUUGGUUGUUUUUUAUUUUUUACGAUUUUUUCCCAAAAAAAUUCGGCUGCUAUGAAGCAAAAUGGGUGAAAGAAAGGGCCUUUCAUUUUCUUUUUUCUUUUUUAUUUUUUAUUUUUUAUUCUAUUAAAGGUGAAUCAAUGACUUUACUGGGGUUUUCUUGUAUCUGAGUUUUUGCUUUCCAAAUUGUAAUUUUAAGGUUUUGUUGUAAGAAUUAGGGCUUCUGUAAGUGAAACAUGUGAAAUUGUUCGCUAGGGCUAGUGAAUUUUUUAUGGUGUUCCUCCUCUGUAUGAAAGUUUGGUGUUGUCCCUUUUUAUGCUUUGGAAUAAGAGGGGAGGAUUGUGCUGCCUGUAGUAAUUUAUAUAUAUAGCUUUAAUUGUUCUAAUAAGGGGAAGAAGGUGGAUUUGUGGAGUGAGAGUGUAGAAAUGGAGAAUGACGAUGAAUUAGGGUUUUUGGACGAUCUUGAUCGAUUUGGUGAUAUUGGUGACGAUGACGAUGACGAUGAUUUUGAACUACUGUUUUUUGGUGGGGGAGCAAGUGGGAGCCGGAGUAGAAAUGAAAAAACCGAUCUUGCUGCUGAAAUCUGUGGGGGAAGUAAUAAAAUUUCCCAGUGGAUAAACGACAUGAAGUCGAAAUAUGCCGAUAGUAGUAUUAAUGGAAGUCGUGGGGCGAAUGUGGAUGUUAAUUUGAAUUCAGGUUUGGCUGCGGAGUCUUCGUCCUCAACAUCGUCAGUAGCAAGAGAGAAUAAUGAUCGUGAUACACAGAAUAAACGACCCAAAGUUCAUUCUUCUUCCCUGGAUUUGGGCACUAAUUCGGAUAAUGAAACUCAUAAUAUUGCUCCUCGGCACGAGGUUGUUAAUAAUCAUAAUGUGCCCGUUUCUCUUGUUCCUGGAGAGCAUUCUUGGAGCAUUGAUAAUUCGACCAUGGAUGAUUCCGUUGUUCGGAUGGAUCUUACUGACGAUUUGUUGCAUAUGAUUCUCGGUUUCUUGGGCCACAUCGAUCUUUGCCGAGCGGCAAGAGUUUGCAGGCAGUGGAGAACUGCGAGUUCUCAUGAAGAUUUCUGGCGGUACUUGAAUUUUGAGAAUCGAUACAUAUCUCCUCAGCAAUUUGAGGACAUGUGUCUGCGAUACCCAAAUGCAACUGCAGUAAAUGUUUAUGGCACUCCUGCUAUCCACCCCAUUGUGAUGAAAGCUGUCUCUUUGUUGAGGAAUCUUGAGGUUUUAACCCUGGGCAAAGGCCAGUUAGGAGAGAUUUUCUUCCAAGCCUUGACGAAUUGCCAGAUGUUGAGGAGUUUGACAGUCAAUGAUGCUACUUUGGGUAAUGGCAUUCAAGAAAUUCCCAUUUAUAACGAGAGAUUGCGUGAUCUUCAAAUAGUGAAAUGUCGCGUGCUCCGCAUCUCUAUCAGGUGCCCCCAGCUUGAAACUUUGUCUCUCAAACGCAGUAGUAUGCCCCAUGCAGUUCUUAAUUGCCCCCUUUUGCGGGAGCUUGAUAUCGCUUCAUGCCACAAGCUUACAGAUGCCGCAAUCCGUUCGGCAGCAACAUCAUGCCCACUCUUGGAAUCCUUAGAUAUGUCCAAUUGUUCGUCUGUCACUGAUGAGACACUUCGAGAAAUAGCUUCGACUUGUGGGAAUCUCCAAAUUCUUGAUGCUUCAUACUGCCCCAACAUCUCUCUGGAAUCUGUGAGAAUGCAGAUGUUGACAGUUCUUAAGCUUCACAGCUGUGAGGGUAUAACGUCAGCUUCGAUGGUUGCCAUAGCCUCUAGUGAUAUGCUUGAGGUUCUCGAGCUUCACAACUGCAGUUUGUUAACGACAGUAUCUUUAGAUCUGCCGCGCCUGAAGAACAUAAGGCUUGUACACUGUCGGAAAUUCGUGGACUUGAGUUUAAGAAGCAGUGUACUGUCAUCAAUUACAGUUUCCAAUUGCCCUUCUCUCAGGCAUAUCAGCAUUACAUCAAAUGCACUUACCAAACUAGUUUUGCAAAAGCAAGAGAGCUUGACGACCUUAGCACUGCAGUGUCCUUGCUUGCAAGAAGUUGACCUUAGUGAAUGUGAAUCUUUGACAAAUUCCAUAUGUGAAGUUUUCAGUGAUGGCGGAGGCUGUCCAGUUUUGAGAUCAUUAGUACUUGAUAAUUGCGAGAGCUUGACAACAGUGAGUUUCACCAGCACGUCCAUGGUUAGUCUGUCACUUGGUGGUUGUCGUGCAAUAUAUACUCUUGAACUAAAAUGCCCCUACCUCGAAUAUGUCUCAUUAGAUGGCUGUGACCAUCUUGAGAGAGCAUCAUUUGCAUUUAUUGGCCUUAAGUCCUUAAAUAUGGGCAUAUGCCCCAAACUGAAUGUGCUCCAUGUGGAAGCUCCAUUGAUGGUUUCACUCGAAUUAAAGGGUUGUGGUGUGCUGUCUGAAGCAUAUAUCCAUUGCCCGCUUUUGACAUCUUUGGAUGCUUCGUUUUGCGGCGUUCUGAAGGAUCAUUGCUUAUCUGCAACAGCCUCUUCAUGUCCGCUUAUUGAGUCAUUGGUGUUAAUGUCGUGCCACUUAGUGGGUGCUAAUGGGCUCUCGUCAUUAAACUGCCUUUCCAACUUGACCUAUUUGGAUCUAUCCUACACAUUUUUAGUUAACCUGCAACCUGUUUUCGACUCCUGUUUGCGUCUGAAGGUUCUGAAAUUGCAAGCAUGCAAGUAUGUUAGUGACACAUCACUUGAGCCUCUCUACAAAGGCGGUGCUCUCCCGGCCCUCACUGAGCUCGACUUAUCCUAUGGUUCUCUAUCCCAGUCAGCAAUAGAAGAGCUGCUAGCUGGCUGCAUGCACUUAACUCACGUCAGCUUAAAUGGCUGUGCCAACUUGCAUGACCUGGACUGGAGUUUUCAUCGCCAGGUGUUAUUUGGCUCUUCUUCUAGUGGCACUCUCGACGAGCAACGUAAUCGCAUGCUUCAGAAUCUCAACUGUGUUGGUUGUCAAAAGAUUAAGAAAGUGGUUAUUCCUUAUUCUGCGAGAUGUGUCCAUUUAUCGUCCUUGAACCUUUCCUUGUCUUUAAACCUGAAGGAAGUUGAUAUAUCAUGUUCCAAUUUGUACUUUCUGAACUUGAGCAAUUGUACUUCGCUGGAAAUUCUGAAGCUUGAUUGUCCAAGAUUGACCAGUCUUUUCCUUCAGUCUUGUAAUAUUGAUGGGGAGGUCGUUGAAGUUGCCAUAAAGAAUUGCACCAUGCUCGAGACACUCGACGUCCGUUUUUGCCCCAAGAUACUUCCAUCGAGCAUGGGCAUGUUACGUGCAGCAUGCCCGAGUUUGAAACGGAUAUUUAGCAGCCUUGUGGCGGCAUGAUGUGAAACAGGGUUAAAAAUGUCAGGGUGAGCUUGGUUUGAAUCUUAUAUUCCAAAGCAGCAUGGCAGUAGUUACUUCUGCUGCUCUACUGUACAUACGAAAAGUUAUGUGGUUUUAUAGAAAAGUUUCUGUGUACUUUCUGUUGUGAUGACGACAUGUUUGUUCGUAACCCUUAAACCUAGAGUUUCCUAAAUCGUGCCGAAGCAUGAUUUGGUUGAGUAUGUACUUUACUUUGUUUUUUUUUUUCCGAGAUACCGAAGCCAAUGAUGNU